GUUUGUGAUUUUUUUAUUUCUUAAACGGCCACGUUCUUUGGUACAUUUUUAUAUUGUAAAGGUUUUAUAUCUCAGAAAUACGUGUUUUUUUAUCCUGAAAAUUCCACUUAAGAUUGAAUUGCGCAAGAGGGUUAGGUUUUUAGAUUUUUCUUUUCAUUUUCCUUCAAUAGACUGACAUUUCUGUCGAAACUUUAAAAUAUAGGAAAUAUCAGCCGCCAAAUGAGCGGGUAAUUUUUUAAAACAUACUUUCCUGUUCUAUACAAAUAAAAAUGUCUACAUUUGAAAAGCAGAGUCUGUCUUUUUUGUUGGUGGGAAAAACAGGAUGUGGAAAAAGCUCCAUGGGAAACUCAGUCCUAGGUCAGAAUGUGUUCGCACACAGUGAUAGGUCUCAAUCAGAAACGACUCUAAUUCAAGUCCAAAGUGCUACUGUAGAUGGAUACACUCUAACUGUUGUUGACACACCUGGAGUGAUGCACACUGGUUUGGACCUGGAAGCAAUCAAGAUAAAAACUUGCAACGAAAUGAAAGAAGCGGUCAGCAAAUGUCCAGACGAAGGCAAAAUGGCGGUCGUUAUUGUUAUGAAGUACGGCGACCGUUUCACUGAAGAAAAUAAAACAACUGUUGAUAUUCUAAAGCAAAUGUUUGGUGAAGAAAAUUUGUGCAAAUCUUGUGUUAUUGUCAUGACCCACGGCGACAUGUUUGCUUUAAAUGACCAGCAAGACAAACAGUUCAAAGACUGGAUGGCAGAGCAAACGGAAGACCUGGGUCAAUUGUUUUCAUUAGUUCAAUAUAGAUGUCUUCUAUUUAAUAACAUAUGUAAAGAUUCAGCAGAAGUUAACCAACAAAGGAAAUAUAUCAUUGAUUUAGUGAACGAUCUAGAUCAAGGUUACACAAAAACUCAAUUUGCCCUUCUGAGAAAACAACAUCAUAGAUUUAUUCUAGAUACACUAUUUCCGAAACGUCAAAUCAUGUAUCGGCAGAAUGUACAGUCACUUUUUGACUUGCAUCUUUCUGUUUCUAAGUCAUCGAGACAACCAAAUAUAUUCGAAGAUGUGCUCAUAAAAUUAGACCAACUUGUAGACGACUUGAACCAAGAAGAUGACCCAAGAACCAUUUUUUAUCACGACAAUGAACCGCGACUUUUUGAAGAAUUUCGUGAACAGCUAACGAAGCUCAAAUCCGACAUUCUAAAAGAAAUUAAAAUUCGACAUAGUGAUAAGGAUAUUGACGAACUAAUAGAAAAUGUAGACAAUAUCAUCAAGAACAAUAACUUUGAUAACCUACUUGAUUGUGAGUCAAAUUAUACAACUCUUUUAGCCUGUAUCCAAUCCGAUUCAGAUCUUAUAAGCUUAGAGACAAGAUUAGACAUAGUCAAAAAGAAACUAUUGAAAGCUAUGCAAGUAAAGGUUAAAAUUUCGUUAGCUCCCCAGAUUGAAGAGUUACGCAAUACUUUAAAGAAAACCACAAUCCCCACCAGUGUAUGUAAGUUGAAAGCUAUCUCCAAUCGACUGGAUCAAUUAAGCACUACUGUCAACGAGGAAAAUGUAAAGGUCGGUGGGCUGGACAAUCUAUUGGAUGAUAUCAAAGACUUAAAAAUGUUUCUUGAGUUCAAAAAAGAAGACAAUGAUAUGUGGAUAGGCUGGACAACGACUUCUUGGAUCAUGUCAGGUGCCGGCCUUGGUUUAGCAUUCAUCCCCAUUGUUGGCCUACCAAUAUCGACAGUGGUAAGUGUGGUACCGACAAUAGGUAGAGCUAUCCACACAGCCGUGGUAAGGAAACGAAGAACAAAUUACUUGUUACGAGAGUAAUUAUUUCUCGAAAACCUUUUUUUUUUUUUUUUUGUAUUUUAAUUAUAGAUUGUUACCAUGUUACUAGCAAUAAAUGUAUAGUUCCAUUUAAUGAACUAAUUAUUUAGCAAAUCAUAAAGGUUUUGUUGAAACAUUUUUUUCUAACAAUUUCUAAUUUCUUAUGUUGGAACAAAUGUAUACAAGUGCCCCUUUCUUAAUAGUGCCAUUAGAAAAUGGAAUGGGUUGCCUGAGUCAGCCAGGAAAACCAGCGACUUAGCAAAGUUUGAGUCAUUGAUUAACAUGUAUGACUAGAUUUACACAGGAAAUACGUAGGACAUAAUUAUCUUCUUUUUUUUUGAAGUAACGUCUGUAAUGUAUAAGAUAAGAUAUCUUAUAAACACAAUGUGUCAAAUUAUUUGCACAAGUGUGUAUCUGUAAGUAAUUAUCUUUUUAAAAAAAUAUAUUUUGAAUAACUUUACAUCUACUUUUGCUGUUGUUUUUUUCAUUUCAUAAAUUGGUACUUGUUUAAACACAGUAUUUAACUAUGAACACAAUGAUUAAACACUUUAACAAAUUUUCCAUAAAAAUUAAAGACGUACCCUUAAAAGGAAAAAAGAAUUCCAUCAUACUGUCAGUAAUAAUUAUAAUGUUUAUUAUAUUGUAUUUAAUGUAGAUUAGUCUACGUGUAAUAUAUAAAAAAAAGUAAAGUUCCGCUUUCAGACCUUGUGGUCUAUAGGGCAGAUGAUGUAAAGAUCAGCUGUUUCUGUGGCCCACGGUUAACGAGGGUGUCAUGUAGCCAGCACAACGACCUACCACCUUUACUUUUCCCCAACUAUUGUCAGGUACCCAUUAAAGCUGGGUGGACUCAGAGGUGCCCAAAGAUCCCGAAAUAAAAAUCCCAGUCUUCACCAGGAUUCGAACCCAGGACCCCCGGUACGGAAGCCAAGCUCCGCUCAGCCACCGCGCCUCCACGAGUAAAAAAAAAUGCAUCUGAAUUUCAAUUUCUAAUUAAUAAUUCUAUAAUGUAUUACGUGUAAUAUAAAUGCAUGUGAAUUUCAAUUUCUAAUUAAUAAUUCUAUAAUGUAUUAUGUGUUUCUUUGUAUGAGAGUAUUUCACUAUUUUUACUUAAGGGUAGAAUAGCCCUUAGGCUCAGCCUGACAGAGCCACCAUGCAAACACAGUGCGUAUAAUAGUACUAGCGAAGGAACACUUGUAUGAAUUUGUCCUACCCAUCCAUCCAUCCCAAUGGUGCUACAGCCCAUGGAGGGCUCUGGCCUGCUUCAACACAUCCCUCCAUUAAGGUUCCUCCUUGGCCUUUCAUCUCCACGCCCUAACCCCAAGCUGUUGCAGAUCUGCCUCCACAUCAUCAAUCCAUCGCAUUUGUGGUCUGCCUUUGAGUCGCCUGCCUUUUUUGGUUUUUGUCUGUAUACAAUUUUCGGUCCUCUGUCAUCUGACAUUCAAGGUGACCUCUGCCCAACGUAGUCUGUUCUUUUUUUUUAUUUUUUAUUUCUGUCAUUCUGUCGACUGAAAUAUCUCAAGGUUAGUGCGUGUCCUCCACCCUGUUCCCAAGUGUUUAGUAGAUACUUGGUUGUCUUAGCAUAUGAAAUAAGAAAUGCUCCUUCAUUUUUGUGUCUUUUUUGGGUAUUAGGCUGUGUUUUCACAAAGCUUAUAUUAGCUCAGUCUGUCUGUCUGUCUGGGUGGAUUCUUUUACAUUUUUCCCCCCACUUCCGGUUCAAGUUGAAAUUUUGCCCAUAUAUUCAUUGUCGAUGACUACUCAUUAAUCAAUUUAAAAAUACCUAAUUAGUUAAUAUUAAUGAAAAUUAAUGUAUUUGUUUAUAAAUAAAGGGGGAUAAAACUUUCACUAUUAAUCAAAUAUCAUAUCAAUAUAAGCUUGUUUAGUUUUAAUAUGUACCUAUGUCCUCUAGAGCAACAGUUUCGUGAUUAAUGUACUUUGACUUAUCUGAAAACUCUGAAAUGUGACUAAUGCUUGAUUGUUAUAGUUUAUAAAAGUAGGAGCUAAAUUUACGUAAUAAAAUGACUGAUUGUAAUUUGUUAUAUGUAUAUUAUGUACGUAUUGUUAUAACCCUAUUCGCGACUCAAAAAGGGUUAACUGUGUAUGAUCAGCUGACAUAUGUGACACAGGCCAGUAAUACAGAUUAGCGUGCUAUAUUGAAAGGCAAGGGACAGUACUGGCAUGAACUUUGCACGUGAAUAACGCCCGUGUUACGGUCAUCUGAUCAUAAGCUUGCGUGGACCAGAGACACAGUGUGUAAGAAAGCGGCAGUUCUAGACCGGAGGCGUUGAGACCGGGACUGUAAGUCAGCCAUGAAGUCGGUCCUGAUGCAGUCCUCCAGUGAAACGUACGAGUCCAGGAAGAGGCAGUAGAGUUUAUGAGUUUAGUACAGAGAUAUACAGUCUAACGUUGUAGCAGUUGAUUGUGUUGCCAAUUGUGUCGUAUUGGCUGUUCUAGUUGACCCUUAUUAAAGCACCAGAUUAUU